GAGCUCUGCGCGCUUCCCCUCUCCUUCGCGGAGUGCUUGCAUCCUGCGGAAGCGGUGCGGUCUAGCGUCUAUGCGCUCAACAUCAGCCACCGGCAGUGUCGAGAUGUCGAGAACCCGCUACGCAUGGCCUACUAUGCGCGUUGCAUUGAGGGGAAUAACGCGAUCUGGCGGGCCCACCGUACGGCCUGCCUGGAGUAUGCGACCGCCCAGGCAACCUUUCCGGAACCACAUGCCUUGUGCCAAAUGCCACCAGACAUCAGACGACCGAAGCUCGGGAACUACCUUCGCCAGGCCCGCGACCUCUUCAAGGCGAAGCUGGAUCGCAUUCGGGAGCAGGCUGCGCUGCAAUGACACGACUCCUUCCGUCGAGGAGCAGGACCUUUGUCGAGAGAUGGAGUGCAAGUACUUUGACAAGCGGCUCGAGUGUGACGCCGCCCAGGCAUCCUUCGAGCGAGAAGCUUGCCGAGAGCACCGAGCCCGUAGCUGCCAGCAAUAUGAUGAGUGCUUCCGGUCCAAGAGUUCUCUCGCUGAUGUCACCCUGGUGGCAGCGAAGGAAGCUGCAACGACCUAUGCCCACGAGUGGGAAGCGGUUCUGCGCAUCGAGUGCUUCAUCCAUGCCAUUCGGUUCCCCAGCCACGCAGAAGUGGAGCGCGAACUGCAGCGGUGCCGGGAAAAGCACAUCGCCACGGAUCCAGUUCAAAUUCUGCUGCCAGGGCCGAUGCCCCAAGCACAGCCAUGCCAGAGCUCCUCGCUGCGCCCCUGGCAGCCAGGUUCUCCUGAAUUCAGGUCCCGAUGGUACUCGGGACUCCCUGGCGAUACGACGGCUGUCGAUUGCGCCAGUGACUGCUGCAUGGAUACCGCCUUCACGCCAGGCUACCCGGAAGAUGUGCAGCAUUGCCCUUACGCGCGGACAACCACGACUUCAACGACAACGCCGGCCCCUCUGCAGGUGGCCACUGGGAUGUAUUUCGGAAUCUUUGGCGGCGGCUUCCGACUGCACCGCUGA